AUGGUCUAUAUACCUCCUCACGCACUCGAUAAUCUCAAGAAAUACACCUACAAAGGUGUCGACAAGCAGGUCUUUGCUCUCGAAUUAUGUCUUGAACCCGUACUGGAACUGGCUGGUCACGCUCUGGCCGAAAUGGGUUGCACCGAAUGUCGUACGGGCUCUUUCUUCUUCGCGCCGUGUCACGUCCCUCAUCCGCGGAUACAGAUCACCAUGUCUGGACUCUGCAUGGUCGUGUUGAAUUUUCUAACACUGCUGUACUACGAUCCCGCCUACCUGACGGAGAAGGAAGGUGCUGAGGGACCUCCGCAAUGGAUAUACUUCACAUGGGCUGCAGGCUUGUUCAUUUACCAGAGUUUUGACGCGAUUGACGGAAAGCAGGCACGGAGAACAGGAAUGGCGGGUCCACUCGGCGAGAUGUUUGAUCACGGCUGUGAUGCAUUGAAUACAACUCUCGAGGCGAUUCUCUGUUCCAGGGCGCUCAAUCUCGGCAGGUCCUGGUGGACCGUCGCGUCGCAGAUAGCAACUCUUGCAAACUUCUAUCUUACCACCUGGGAGGAAUACCAUACAGGGCAACUAUACCUCGGUGUCUUCUCCGGCCCAGUUGAAGGUAUCUUGCUGAUUGUUGGGAUCUUUAUCAUCACCGGCAUUCAUGGUCCGGCUUUCUGGGACACGCCUAUCUUAGAGUUCUUCGGUCUUCAAAAUGUUCCUACACUCGCAAAAUACGCGCAAGGGCGGGGUCUCAACGAGGCUUUUAUGGCAUUUGGAGCAGUUGCGCUGGCUUUCAACAUCGCGACGAGCUACUUCAAUGUCUUCAAGUCUCGCUUGAGCAACCACCAGAACCCGUUCCGCCCUCUGUUACACUUGCUACCCUUCCCGGUAUUUGCAGCCAUCCAGAUCUUCUGGCUGCGAUCACCGUCGUGGAGUCAAUCAGCGAUCAUCAACUCUCCGCUCUUCGUACCUUUCUUGUGCGCUUGGGGCCUGCAAUUCUCUCAUCAAGUGGGACGGAUGAUCCUCGCGCACGUCACAAAGCAGCCCUUCCCAUGGGGUGAUGCGCUGUGGGUCUGGAACCUACUCGGUGCCAUCGACGCUAACCUUCCGAUUUUGUUGAACCGCCCACCGAUUAUACAGCACAACAUGCACAAUAUUGGUGUUGUCGUCUUUUUGACGCUCGGCGUCUCCUUCGUAUCGUAUGCGCGCUGGUGCACGCUUGUCAUUGCAGAAAUCACCAACUUCCUCGGUAUCGCCUGCUUCACUGUCCGGAAGAAAGACCUGACUGGUCACUGGAGGCGUGCCGCGUCGGUAGACAAGAUCAUGGUCGGUAAGAAGCUCUGAGCUUGGUCCGAGCUUUUGAGUCCCCUCUUCCGGUCUGCAUUCCUCUGCUCUCUUCACCACCCGUCCCCUUCAACAUCGUUCAUAUUUUCCUCUUACUCUUUACGACCUUCACGCCUUGCCCACCUUGCCUGCAAACCCAAACCAAAAGUCUAGUCUGCUCGCGUUAUCAUACAAGAUUUUGUGAACAAGGCAUUCUAGAAACCGUUCCGUGUCCACGUACAUUGUAUCCUCGCUAUGUAAUUCACGCUGCUUUCUUGCUUUCGCCUCCUUCCCUCUCACCGACGCUCGUGUGACUUGCACAGCUCGCUAUAGCAGCUGACCUAUUCUGUUGGUUGGCUGCUCAUACGGUG